AUGGAACUGGAUACCGGCUCUGCAGUGUCAGUGAUGGCGCACAGUGACUUUGUGCAGUACUUUGGAGACCAGAAGCUGAACUCGUCAUCUGUCCUCCUAAAGACAUAUACUGGAGAGAAAAUCAAGCCCCUCGGCGUAUUGCCGGUGGAGGUACAACACAAUGGCCAACAAUGCACAUUGGACUUGUACAUUGUAAAAAGAGGAGGACCAGCACUGUGGGGCCGAGACUGGCUGAGGAAAUUACAGCUGGAUUGGAAGUCCAUUAAAAGCCUGCAGGUGGCGCCAAACACCACCGACAAGUCCACAGAGGUCAAAUUGGAGACAGUCUUGGUGGCUGCAACGCCUGUAUUCCAAGAUGGAAUUGGGACAUUAAAAAACAUAAAGGGCAAAAUUGUUCUUCAAGACGGGGCCAUUCCACGUUUCCACAAAGCACGGCCAGUUCCGUACGCCAUACGACAGAAGGUGGAAGCGGAGCUGGACCGCCUAGAGGCCGACGGAAUCCUGUCUAAAGUUGACUGGAGCCCAUGGGCCACACCCAUUGUCCCAGUAGCAAAGAAGUCAGGGGCAGUGAGGGUGUGUGGGGACUUCAAAAUCACAAUCAAUCCUGUGCUACAAGCAGAACAAUAUCCACUUCCCAGGAUCGAGGACAUUUUUGCAAACCUGGCUGGUGGAAAGCGGUUCACCAAGGUGGACCUGGCGGAGGCCUAUCUACAGAUGGAGAUAGAGGAAGACUCGAAGAUGUUCCUGACCAUCAAUACUCUGAAGGGCUUGUACCGCUACAACAGGUUAGUGUUCGGAGUGGCCUCAGCCCCGGCUAUCCACCAAGGUCAGGUCCAGGGUGCUGGAAGAGUUACACAGUGGUCAUCUGGGAGUGGUGAAGAUGAAGGCACUCGCCAGGAGCUAUGUCUGGUGGCCAGGGAUUGA